AUGGAUCUGGAGUUCCGGGGUGUCCUGGCACCGACUGGGUUGGCGACUCACGCCAAUCUGAUAACACCCCCGGCCUCCUCCAGCGACCUUCGGAGCACCCCGAGGCUGCCUCGGCCGGUGACAGCCUUCGACUUCGCGCCCAAAAACUUAGAGUCGGGCGAUAUGGAGAAGAUCCCCGCCAUCACAGGCAAGCGGCGGGGUGGCUGUAGAAAGGCCUGUAACGAGUGUAAACAGCAAAAGACUCCCGCGGAUGCUUGCUCGCGCUGCCGGCGGCUCCAAAUAGAAUGCAAGGUCGAACCCACUUUCAAACGGAUCUCCAAACGAAGGCGCAAUGCUGAAAUGGAACGGGAGAUCGCAGAGCUCCGCCGGCGGCUUGCCAAUGGCGAUCCCCCGCAGGCUGUGGAAGCCAAUGGCAGUGAUGAGCUCUCCCAGUGUUCCGAGGAUGUCUUCUGUCCUCCUGAUGCGGCAGUUGUAAACAGGGCGCGGCCGCUGUCGGCGCCGUUGGAGCCUCAGCCGAUGGCUACCCCGUUGACCAUGCACAGGGAUGGAUCUAUUCUUUCCCAGGAGGAUAAUCCAUGGAGGCUGGAAGAUGUCUCGCUGUCUAGGACGAGGGUGGCGCGUCUAUUUGAACAGUUCUUCAAGUACUACCAUCCAUUCCUCCCUCUGUUGAACCCGCAAAAGCACCCGGAUGAGUAUCUGCGUCGCUGUCCUUUGCAGGCGUGGAGUAUCAUCUGCGUCGCUAGCCGACGAGCGCCGUCGGAGUCAGGCCUCCUGAGUGCGCUCUCGGGGCCUUUCAGCCGACUGCUUUGGUCCACCAUCACUGGUGUACCACAAGACUACCGUGUGGUCAAGGCUCUUUGUCUUCUCUGCACCUGGCCCUUGCCCACGACGAGCCAGCGGACUGAUGCCACCUUCAUGCUCAGUGGAUUAAUGAUGCAGAUAUCCAUGCAGCUAGGAUUACAUCGUCCCGUCCAGGCAGAGGAGUUCACCACUUUCCGCAUGGAAGUCCAGGGGGAAGCUGUCAAGGACCGCUUACAGACGUGGGUCAUAUGUAACAUUGUGGCUCAAAACGUCGCCACCGGCUACGGACAGCCUCCCGUCACCAUCUACGAUUGGGCGCUCGAGCCAGCAUCGCUUCGAGACGCGGACUAUCAGCCUUCCGAAGACCUGAAGACUCGGCUGCGGAUCGAAAAGUUCUGCGACCGCGUGACCAAAGCCCUGUAUAGCAGCAAGCCUGACCCGGCGGAGUUCAUCAGCUCGGAGAAGUUGCUAAUCGUGCAGCUUCUGGAAAACGAGCUUCGAGACAUGGAGGUGGAAUUCGGACGAGAUAUUUCCAAUAUCAACAUGAUCCAUCUACGAGCCGCUGAACUGCAUCUACGAUACUUUGUUUUCCUUGGCUCCAGUGCACGAAGCGACGACUUGACGAAGCUUUUCAUUGCCACCACCUCAUUCCUAGGCCGCGUGCUCGAUCUCGAAACGUCGCCCGGUGAACUCAUUGGCCACGCAACCAAUUACAUCCUUCAGAUGAUCGUUUCAGCUGCCUUUGCCCUCAUGAAGCUGCUGAAGAGUGACUUCCGACGACACAUUGACUUCGAGCAUGGGAAGCUGCUGUUCAACGGAGCGAUCUCGGCCAUCCGCAGAAUCAGUGUCAUGGACCACGACCGUCCCGUGCGUCUGGCAGACAUUCUGGCGCAGAUGUGGAAUGCCGGCAGCCCGGAGGGACCGGCAGGCGAGGAUGCUCUGCAGCUGAAAGUGCGCUGCCGGAUGAGCAUGAGUCAUGUCUACGAUACCGUUUGGCGUUGGCGCCAACGCUUCCGUCCGAUGAAGAGUAUUGAGGAUCCGCAAGCCACCAUUGCGAAUCCCGGUCUCUCGGCGACGGCCGGCCCCAUGGCCCGACACCCAGAAGAGUCGCUGGCCGAUCCCGGGUUGAUCUACCCGCCGAACUUCGACCAAGGGGCGUUCAUCAGCGAGGCCGGGUUCUCGGAGGUGUUCGAUUCGCUCAACUGGGUGUUUGACGGGAUUCCCGACACGUUUGUGGCGCCUCCGGUCAUGUAG